AUGAGUGGGAAGACUGUCUACAAUGUUUACACCAUCUGUUCCUUCGCGGCCUUAGGUGGUGCACUUUUCGGCUUUGACAUUUCCUCUAUGAGUGGGGUACUAGGAACGAAUGGAUACAAGAACUAUUUUGGCAACCCAACUGGGUAUCGACAGGGUGGCAUCACUGCUUCCAUGCCUGCUGGAUCACUCGUUGGUGCUCUUUCGUCCUCAUUCAUUGCGGAUAGGCUUUCUCGCCGAACUGCGAUUCAAAUCGCUGCUGCUAUAUGGUGCAUUGGAGCAAUAUUUCAAACUGCUGCGAACGGCAUCCCUCUUCUAUGCAUCGGUCGUGUCGUUGCUGGCUACUCGAUUGGCAUCGCCUCUGCUGUUGUUCCAAUCUAUCAAUCCGAGAUUGCCCCAAAGGAAAUUCGAGGUCGAGUUGUCUCCCUUCAACAAUGGGCCAUUACCUGGGGUAUUUUGAUUCAAUACUUUAUCCAAUACGGCUCUUCCUUUGUGGAUGGUGGACCCAAAGACCCCAAUCAGGGAACUGCCUCAUUCCGCAUUCCAUGGGCUAUGCAGUUGAUUCCUGGUGUUAUCCUUUUCUGCGGCAUGUUCUUCUUCCCUUACUCUCCUCGAUGGCUCGCAAGCAAGGAUCGUUGGGAAGAGGCUGCAACAGUUCUUGCAGGUCUUCACGGAGGCGGUGAUGUGAACCACCCAAAGGUCCUUGCCGAGUACAGAGAAAUAGAAGACGCUCUGCGAUUCGAGCGUGAGGAAGCUGUGACUAGCUUCAAGGCUUUGGCCGAGCCUCGAAUUCUCAAACGUGUUCUAUUGGGCAUGAGUCUCCAGAUGUGGUCUCAACUGUGCGGUAUGAAUAUCAUGAUGUACUAUAUUGUUUAUAUCAUGAAAGGAGCGGGCAUAGGUGAUGAGCUUCUCACUGCAUCCAUUCAGUACAUCAUCAAUGUUGCGCUUACCUUACCAGCCAUCAUCUGGAUUGACCGCAUUGGCCGUCGCCCUGCCAUGCUUUUCGGUUUCUUUGGCAUGAUGGUGUUCCUUUUUAUCUCCGGUGCUCUUCAAGCUACAGCGGGCCGCCCCAAUCCGAACCCUGACGACAAGGAUAUCUCUUGGGUCAUACUCGGCAACCCGGCCGCAUCCCGAGGAGUUGUAGCUUGCUCGUAUCUAUUCGUUGCAACGUUUGCAACGUCUAUAGGUCCAACUAGUUGGGUUUACCCAUCUGAGCUUAAUAAUACAAAGGUUCGUGCCAAAGCUGUGUCUCUUGCUACAGCCACCAACUGGACGUGGAACACGGCCCUCGCGUUCGCAGUGCCCCCGCUGCUUUGGAGCAUCAACUGGAAGAUGUACAUGAUCUUUGCAGCAUUUAACGGCGCUGCUCUUGUCCAUAUGUUCCUCCUAGCCCCUGAGACCAAGGGCAAGACUCUUGAAGAGAUGGACGAGGUCUUUGAUAGCGGACGACCAGCCUGGAAAAGCGUACCAAAGGGCUCACGUCUUGAUAAUCUUGCUGUUGAUAUCGAGAAGGGCGAGGUCAAGGUCAAGACUGCCGCCUCUGGUCGCGAUGGCGGUGCCACUGCUGCCACGGCCACCGAGUCCACCACGCACACUGAGACCCCGAAGGCCUAG